ACUGACUGCCGGCACUUCCGGUGAUGGUCGUGUCUUUAAGAGCCGGGUCUCUUCUUGAGCCUGGAGCAUACUGAUUGGCUAGACUGGCUGGCCACCAAGUUCUUCCUUCUUCCCCCAAUCCUGCCUCUAGGUUUGGGAUUACAGCUGUGUUUGUGUGUGAAUGCCGGAGGAGGGGGGGGGGGUUGGCUCAGGUCUUUGAUACUCAGCCAAACAUUGGGUGAAGCAUUGGGAGCCUUGUGGAAAAGUGAAAGGAAGGCUAGAAGGACCUGGAGGUGGCAGGAGCUUCACAAGAAGACCAACAGAGCCAGCUAACCAGGGCAGAAACUGAAGAACCAACCGAGGACCAUGUGUAGAUUGGACCUAGGCCACAGAUAUAGCCAAUGGGCAUCUCAGGCUUCAUGUGUGUACCCUAUGUUGAAUAAGUAUAUAUCAUAAAAAAAUGGAUGAAGAACCUGAAAGAACUAAGCGGUGGGAAGGAGGCUAUGAGAGGACAUGGGAAAUUCUUAAAGAAGAUGAAACUGGAUCACUUAAAGCUACAAUAGAAGACAUUCUCUUCAAGGCAAAGAGGAAAAGAGUGUUUGAGCACCAUGGACAAGUUCGACUUGGGAUGAUGCGCCACCUUUAUGUGGUGGUGGAUGGAUCGAGAACAAUGGAGGAUCAAGAUUUAAAGCCCAAUAGACUGACAUGUACUUUGAAGUUAUUGGAAUACUUUGUAGAAGAAUAUUUUGAUCAAAAUCCUAUCAGUCAGAUUGGAAUAAUUGUAACUAAGAGCAAAAGAGCUGAAAAACUCACUGAACUCUCAGGAAACCCAAGGAAACACAUAACAUCUUUGAAGAAAGCUGUGGAUAUGACCUGCAAUGGAGAACCAUCACUCUAUAAUUCCUUAAGUAUGGCUAUGCAAACCCUGAAACAUAUGCCUGGACAUACAAGUAGAGAAGUCCUAAUCAUCUUCAGCAGCCUUACAACUUGUGAUCCAUCUAAUAUUUAUGAUCUCGUCAAGACCCUGAAGACAGCUAAAAUUAGAGUGUCUGUUAUUGGAUUGUCUGCGGAGGUUCGAGUUUGUACUGUACUUGCUCGUGAAACUGGUGGCACAUACCAUGUUAUCUUAGAUGAAACCCAUUACAAAGAGUUGUUAGCACAUCACGUGAGCCCUCCUCCUGCCAGCUCAAGCUCUGAAUGCUCACUUAUUCGAAUGGGAUUCCCUCAGCAUACCAUUGCUUCUUUGUCCGAUCAGGAUGCAAAACCAUCCUUCAGCAUGGCGCAUUUGGAUAAUAGCACUGAGCCAGGGCUUACAUUGGGAGGCUAUUUCUGUCCACAGUGUCGGGCAAAGUAUUGUGAGCUUCCUGUUGAAUGUAAAAUAUGUGGUCUUACUUUGGUGUCUGCUCCUCAUUUGGCACGAUCUUAUCAUCAUUUAUUUCCUUUGGAUGCUUUUCAAGAAAUCCCCCUAGAAGAAUAUAAAGGAGAAAGAUUUUGCUAUGGAUGUCAGGGGGAAUUGAAAGACCAACAUGUCUAUGUCUGCACAGUGUGCCAGAAUGUUUUCUGUGUGGACUGCGAUGUUUUUGUUCACGACUCUCUGCACUCUUGUCCUGGCUGUAUCCAUAAGGUCCCAGCUCCUUCAGGUAUUUGAUUUCAGCAUGUGGGACACACGUUGAGUGGGUUAAAAAAUCCAAAACUUGUAACUGUAAAUAAAAUGAUGCUUUCAAUAAACUCUCUAAAACACGAAAGAA